UUGAGGCUCUGGUAUGCCUCCCGGUCCCCAUCUUUCUUUUCUUAGAGAAAGGGAGGGAGAAAGAGAAAUACAUUCUCCCUACGCCCCUGUUGUCGAAUUCCGCCGGAAUUUCGUGUGGAUUCAAAACUGCAUCUGUCUGCCGAGCUCUCUCGGCUAAUCACCAGGAUAUGAUGAGCAUUACAUCAAGUCACCACUGUAAUUGGCCCCUAGGAGUUCAUAAUGAUAUUUUCAAAGGAAGAAUCAUCAAGAUUCCAUUUUUGGGGUAUCAUGGCCCAUACUGCCCUCACAAAGGAUUGACUGUAUUCCAAGGUCAACACAUUGCUAGUUACUGUCAAGGUCCCAGAAGACAUAGACUUAUAUGUUUGAGUACACUGGAUGACGAAAUGGAUCCAGAUGACUCAGAAGAAAAUAUUUGGGAGAAAGAAUGUACUAAAGGUGAAACUGGAGGGGUGAAUAGUGAAAUACUCAGGGAGAAUCUUGAAAGAAUUGUUGGUACAGAUGACUCUACCUUUAGUGGAAUAGAUCUUGCAGCUCUUAUCAGGAACAAGUAUGGGAGGUCAUAUGAUGUUCAACUGAUUAAGAAGGAGUUCAUGGGAAGAAAUCUCCUCGCUAUGAAUGUAAUGUGGAAGUAUAUGGAGCAGGUGAAACUGAGCUUGGGUUCGAGACUUGGGAGCGGCCUCUCCAAAAAUGGGGGUAAGGCUUGCCAACAUCCACCUCUCCCAGACCCCACUCAAAGUGGGAGCCUUGUGCACUGGAGAUCCUUUCCGCUGACCGAAGAAGAGUAUCUUUUGAGGCUUGAUGAUGUGGCAAACAAUUUAAAAUGUUGGGGAGCUGUCUCACAUAUUCGGAACAGCCUAGCAAAGUUGAAAGAGCGACCUCGGAUAGGAAAGGCAGUUAGCAUUUUCAUUGAUAUGGAUGAAUCUGGGGGUCGUGCUAAUGAAUGGAUCUACAAGUAGAUUACUGGGGUAGGCCAAGAGUUGUUCCACCUCUAAUGCUGUAUCCUACUUUGUGUGGAGCUCAUGCCACUGGUGGUGUAUCUUCAGUGGUCAAGCACUUUUCCAAAGUUCCUGCAUUCAGUGGCGCUACUGAUGUUGUCAGAACUGCAAAGCCAAAGCAUAACUGGUUUGUUCCCUGUGUUUGGUUCUCUACAUGCAUGUAGCAUAAUAACAAUCUGAAGGAAUUCAUUGUAAAAGCAUCCUCAAGAUUGAAAAGUUGAAUUUCUUUUUGCUCUUCUAUUUUAUUGUGCCAUUCAUUGUAAAAGUAUCCUUCAACUGAUGAUUUAUUGAAGGUUUCAACACGCUCGCUGCUUCAAUGUCUGAGAGAGCUUGGGAGGAAGCUCUUUCAAAUGGAAUGAAUGCUGAUUUUGGCUCAA